AUGAGCGCGAGCCCGUGGCCGUGGUGCUGCCGGCUGAAGCGAUUCCAAGCCCGAGCCCGUGGCCACGGUGCUCCCGGCCGAGGCGAGCGCAGCCGCGUUGGUGGCAGCCCUGCUCCCAGUGGCACUGCAGGUGCCCUCAAAAACUAUGCCCGUUUCUAUUUUUUGGCUCUCCUGGCAGGAGCUGGCGACCUGACUGGCGAUGCUAUGGGCUACGUGACGGGCGUGCUGGCUGUGCUGAUACACGCAGCCUACCUGGUGCUCAUUCAGAAGACCAGCGUGGAGAGUGAGUACGGACCCCUGACAGCUCAGUACGCCAUCGCUGUUUCAGCCACCCCUUUCCUCAUCAUCUUCUCCUUUGCCAGCAUGGACUCCAUCAACGUGUGGUCCUUUCCAGGCUGGAAGGACCCGGCCAUGGUGUGCAUCUUUAUUGCUUGUGUCCUCAUUAGCUGUGCCAUGAACUUUACCACCCUUCACUGCACUUACAUUAACUCAGCCGUGACCACCAGCUUCGUAGGGGUGGUGAAGAGCAUCGCCACCAUCACAGUGGGCAUGGUGGCCUUCAAUGAUGUGGAGCCCACAAAGUUAUUUAUAGCUGGCGUCGUGGUCAACACCCUGGGUUCAGUCAUCUACUGCGUGGCCAAAUAUGUCGAGACCAGGCAGAAGAGCAGCUACGAGGACCUGGAGAAAGAAGCCAAGGAAGAGGAGGAAAAGAGCCAGGCUGGGGAGCAAGUGAUGUUUGCAAUGGAGGCAAUUUCCAGGGCGGAGGGGGCUGAGGAAGCAGCAGUGGAGGCCUUGGCAAGCGGGGACAGCCAGAGCCGCGAGGAGGAGGAGCGGAGCCCUGGGAAGCGCACGGAGGCACCGGCAGCUGCCCGUGGAGGAGACGCUGGCGCCGAAGGGGCGAGCAGGAGCUCGCUGAAGGAUGCCUAUCUUGGAGUGUGGAGGUUGGUGCGGGGGGCCAAGUACGUGAAGAAGGAUUAUUUGAUAGAAAAUGAAGAGCUGCCGAGCCCUUAG